UUGAAUUCAAAGGCUCAAGGCAUGAAUGUGAAGUUUCCUAGAUUAACUGUGAUGAUUCAGUGAAUUACUAUCUGAUUUUCAAAAUAAGACCUUCACAUUACUUUUGGCAAGACUGCAAGAAAUUGAAGGAGAAUAAACCCGAGAUAAUUUUAAUCCAAUUUUUAUUUUAUUUUUUGAAUCGCGAGAGGGGAUUACAACGUAGGGAAUCAAAUCCUUACUAACAAGGUGAAAACUCAGGUAGCCAACCAACGUAGCUACUAGCAAGUGCAACUAACUAUAACAUUUGUGUGGUAUUUCUAUAUUUUAAGCAUGGUUCUUAAACUUUACUCUCUUAUGCCUUAAUUUUCUGCUACACUGUGCAACACUUGAAUAGAGGAGCAGCUAUUUGGUUAUUAUUUUGUGUGGCGAGGCAACGGCUAUGUUUAUUUCACGACAUUCUGAUGUUAAGUCAGAAUAGAGUUUUUUUCUUCUGGAUGUUCCUAAAUAUCAAAGAUUUAUUUAUAAUACCAUUUGUACCAUACUUUUUUUUUUAAAAAAUUACAUAGGAGGUUGGGGAAGCAGAAAUGAGGAAGGGGAUUACAAGGUGGGGAAUCGAACCCUCCCCAACAAGCUUAAACUUGCUGAUUAAAAUCAAUGUUAUUUCAACAAUCAGAUCUUCUGUGCGGGUACUCAUUCGAGUGAUUGAAAGGUUUAAUGAGCUGAACUUGUUAGUUGUGAAGAGCGGCAUAGAUUUGUGUGCUGGACUGGUAUACAGCAGUUUCCAAGCGUCUGUUCUUAGACAGACUGAAUCCUCAGUAAAAGCCAAUAGCAGAGGAGCUCUGUAGUCACUGUCGACUUCCUCAAUAUUACUUGACUUCAACUUCAAGUUAAGCAACUGUUGGUUCGUCCUGUCUUUUAGUGAUCUCUUCCGAGAGAGUAGAAUAUGGAGGGAGGAACAAAGAUAUAUCACGAGAGGCAAAGAUUACAGUUCUGCCUCUUACAUUCCCUCAACAAUCUCUUCCAGGGGAAAGAUGCGUUUACAAGAGCUGAUUUAAAUUCCAUUGCCGAAAAACUUGAUAUCGAUGACCCUAACAGGGGAAGCUGGACUCCUGUGUCAAUUGUUUUUAAGCCUCAUCAUAAUGCAAUAACCGGGAACUAUGAUAUAAACGUAUUGAUUGCUGCUCUGGAACAGAAAGGCAAAACAGUUGUUUGGCACGAUAGGCGAAAUGGGGCUUCUUCAAUUGUUCUCGAUGAUCGACUAAUGGGAAUUGUUGUUAAUGUUCUUGUUAGAAAGUUUGGUGGCCUUUGGAGAAGCAGACAUUGGGUUACAUUAAGAUGUAUUCAGGGGGUUUGGUAUAAUCUGGACAGUGACUUUGCUGCUCCUUAUGCUUUUAAAGAUACCCAAGAAGUUGGGGAGUUCUUGGAUGGUAUCAUUGCUGCUGGUGCUGAGGUUUUACUGGUAAUGAACGAUAAAUAAUGAGUCGUAAAAUGUUCUGAACUGUGAACUGUAGAUAGACAUGUUGCGAUAUCAAGACUUUAUUUCCCGAGUAUGCUAUUAAUACGUCUAUGAAGAUGGACAUGCACCUAGUAAUAACUGUCAAGUUUCUGUAAAUACACUGUCCCUUCAUUCAAAAUUAUAGUUGAACUUUUCAAUAGAGACAUGUCAAUCUCUUACAGUUCGCAAAGGACUGAACCUGACUGUGCUGCGAGUUGACCACCUGCAGAAUGUGGAUGUGCAAAGUGCCAGAAUGGAAGAUGCUACUUUUGGACGUGUAUUAGAAACAAAAUAAUUGAGAUAGGAUUCAAGGUGUAAGAGAC